AUGAAUCCGUAUAGCCAGUCCUCUGGUUAUAUGGGCCUUCUUCAGAAUCAACAGGAAAGUGUUCUCCAUGAAAACUCUCCUUAUGAGAGUUUUCAUGGUGGAUCUUCAGAAAUCCCUCAAUUUAGUUCUAAACAACGUGAGGCUCCAACUCCACCUACAGACAUACCCGUAGAGCGUGGGAAGAGACACAAAUGGACCCCAGCGGAUGACGAGCUUCUAAUCAGUGCCUGGUUAAACACAUCUAAGGAUGCUAUAGUCGGCAAUAACCAAAAGUCUGGGACGUUUUGGCAACGAGUAGGAGAUUAUUUCUUAGCGGCACUACUUCGAAGAGAUGGUUGUGAAAGUAGCGAACAUCUCCAUUAUAAGCAGAGGUGGCACAAGAUCAAUGAUCAAACUAACAAGUUUUGUGGUGCAUAUGCGGCUGCAGAGAGGCAAAUUAGUAGUGGUCAAAAUGAUAACGAUGUUAUGAAGGUGGCCCAUGACAUCUUCUACUCUGAUCAGGAAUCAAAAUUUACACUUGAGCAUGCUUGGUGUGUGUUGAGGCAUGAACAGAAAUGGCUUAGCCUCAACACCACUAAAGGUUCUGGAAAUUCAAAGAGGAAAAACGGUGAACCAGGUCCCCAACUGUCUUCCACAAGUGUUACUGACCAUGAGCUCCGGCCUGAAGGUGUCAAGCCUGCAAAAGCUAAAAGGAGUAAUGGUCAGGAGAAGUCGGUUGCUGAUUAUACAAGCGUUUGGGAAAUGAGGCAGGCGGAGCUCGCGAGGAAAGAAAAACUCUCCAAGCUUGCCAUACUAGACAUUUUACUUGCCAGAAAAGAACCCCUCAGUAAGGCAGAAGAAGUUGCCAAAAACAAGCUACUAGCCGAGUACUUUUAG